AUGAAACUUGACGUAACAUUACAAUUGCAGCACAGUACAAAUCUCGCGAGAACUCCUGAUGUUUCCAUGUAGUUCCGACACUCUCGCGAGAUCUCCAUUCUUCCAUCUUGCCACGUUCCAAGGCAUCCAGUGGGCGGGAUUAACCUGCGGCCAUCCACACGAUUGAAUCAAACCAGCAGCUCCGUCACCGCGAUUGGUUGAAUUUUCUCAAUCGUCCCGCCCUCCUGACGUUACGGCCUUUAUGACUGGCUGAAAGCCGCGUCACUCAAACAGCGAAUCCGGACUUCUGUGCUGCAGCGCUCUGUGCUGAUCGGACUUUCAUUUAUACCAUAAACGUCUGAUUACAUUAAUUACAUUAAUCAGAUUCUAUUAAACUAACAGCACUUCAUUUAGAUUCAUCAGAAGAUUUAGGAGGAGAACCGAAGCGAAGAUGCCUGCAAAGAAAAACGCGCAGAAACAGCAGAGCAAGAAAGAAGGUAAACAGGCCAGUAAAAAUGGGAGGAAGGCUGAAGGUUCGGGUUCCACCUCGUCCUUCUUCACCUGGUUCGUGGUUCUGGCUCUCCUGGGCGUCUGGACCUCGGUGGCCGUGGUUUAUUUAGACCUGGUGGACUAUCGGGGCGUGAUCGGUAAGCUGGAUUCGUACGAUGCUGACGGUGACGGAGACUUCGAUGUAGAAGAUGCGAAGGUGCUGAUGGGACUGAAGGAUAAACCCAGCGCUCCUCACACCAGCUCUCCUCAGAACCAGGAAGCUCCUGAAGCUCCGACUGAAGAAGCUCCAGAACCUGUUGAAGAGGAGGAGAUCCAGGCAGCCAGAGCUGAUUACACAGCAGAGCUUCCACCAGAGCCUGAGACUGAGGAGGAGGAGCUUGUGGAGGAGGAGCCUGAGAUUGUGGAGGAGGAGGCUGUGGAGGAGGAGCCUGAGAUUGUGGAGGAGGAGCUUGAGGAGGAGCCUGAGAUUGUGGAGGAGGAGGCUGAGGCUGUGGAGGAGGAAGAAUCAGCUGUGGAUGAAGAGCAGGAGGUUCCUGAGGAAGAACCUGAAGUUGUGGAGGAAGAGCCAGAAACAGUGGAAGAGGCGAUUGAGGAAGUUGAGGAACCAGCUGAAGAAGUAGAAGAGGCAGUAGAGGAAGCCACACCGGUUGAGGAGGUGGAGGAGGCAGUUGAAGAUGUCACUGAGGAAGCUGUCCCUGCUGAAGAGGCAGUUGAGGAAGCUGCCCCUGCUGAAGAGGCAGUUGAGGAAGCAGAAACUGUAGAAGAUGUUCCCGUUGAGGAGGUAAUUGAGGAAGCUGCUGCUGUUGAAGAACCCAUUGAAGAGGCAGUUGAAGAGGCAGUGCCUGUAGAAGACGUUGCCCCUGUAGAAGAGACCAACACAGACGCAGUUGAAGAAGUUGUGGAAGAAGCAGUUGAGGAAACGGUAGAGGAGGUUAUACCAGUAGAGGAAGAGGCAGUAGAGGAAGAAGCAGCUACAGAGGAAACGAUAGAAGAGGAGGAACCUGCAGAGGAAGUGGCAGAAGAGCCGGUAACAGAAGAACCUGAGGAGGAACCAGUCACAGAGGAGGAAACAGAUGAAGCAGAAGAACCGGAGGAGCUUACAGAAGAAAUAGAAGAGGAACAGGAGGAAGCUGAGGAGGAGGAACAGCCAGAAGAAGAAGAAGAAGAAGAAGUUACAGAAACGUAAAGCUGUGGAGGUGACGGUGGAGACCGAGGAGUGAAUGAGGUGGAGCGGAUCAUCCCACUACCACUGAGCAGCUGUGAUGGAGUAACAGGACCAGAUCCCAUCCUGUUUGAUUUAUAUUUUGGGGGGGGGUGGGGUUGUUGUUGAUUCACAUUGUUUACUUGUUUUGAAUUUACUCGUCAUUUCUCAUUUCCUUCCUUUUAUUCUGAGCUUUUUUCUUUUUUGCAGAAAGCUGAGUGUGUGUGUGAGAGUGAGUGUGUGUGUGUGAGUGUGUGAGAGUGAGUGUGAGAGUGAGUGUGGUGUGAGAGUGAGUGUGUGUGUGUGAGUGUGUGUGUGUGUGUGAGAGAGAGUGAGUGUGAGUGUGUGUGUGAGUGUGUGUGUGAGUGUGAGAGUGAGUGUGUGUGUUUCGGUCGUUGUUGAGAUGUUUGGAUGGAUCAGUGUGUUUGUGUGUUGAAGUGAAGGUAGAAUGCAGAGCUGCACUGAUGAUUGUAGUAUUAUCGUCACGUACACACCAAUCUUGUCUGAUAAUUGUGUAUCAGAUCAGACCGAACCUGUGUGUGUGUGUGUGUGUGUUUGAUCUAAGUUUUAAAUGAUCCUGCUUUCUUCAGAUAUUGUUUAUUUUGCAUUUGAUUAAGAUCAGCGCUCUCGAGUGGAACACUCCACAAAAUCAGCAAAGAUCACACCGAGAGCACAUCAAGUACCUGAUUCAUCUCUCUUUCAUGAUUAUGAUCAAACAAAAUCGGCCCAAAUAUGAUUCUGAUUUAAUAACAGUAAUAACAGUAAACAGAAUAAACCUGAGAGACCCUGUAUUAGUAUUAUAUAAUUAUAUAUCAGGAAAACGAUCAAACCUUUAAUACGUUUGAUAAAAAUGAUCACACGAGCUCAGAGGAAAAUAUUUUUGAUGUUACUCUGUUAAAUCAGUUUAAGAGUUUAUUCAAGAAUCCGAUUGUUUAAUCACAGUGAUCGUAACUCAUUCCAAGAGCUCUGAGGAACUUUAAAGUGAGUUCUAAAAAUGCCAAUAUAACGUCGCUCAUGUGGCACCAUUUAUCAUCUAAACAAUCAGCGGCCACCUGAUUAACAAACGUUUAAUAGUCGGAGAUAGUAUAAGCUUUUUCAGAACUAAUAAGAGUUAAACAGUGUUAUAAACUAAAUGUACCUCAGAGUUUUAAUAAUAAGAACCUUUUUUAAACAUUAAUUCUGUAAUAAAUCAAUAGUACGACGUGAUGAUCCUACAGCGUUAACUAUUAUCUACGUUUCUGUUAUUAGAUUCACUACACAAUCAACAUUUUCACACAUUUCACUGUCAGUCUCAUCAGCCAUCACUGUGGAUUUGAUUUGUUUGUCUUGUUUACACGUCCUGUAGAUUGAUUCUGUCUGUACGUGAUGCUUAUAAAGAGCCUGCAGGAAUAAAUGCUGUUUAUGUGACAACUAUGUUGGGAUUUCCAAAACACUAGGGGACCUUUUCUACUCCACACAUCUGAAAUAAUGUGAACGUUUAGUUUUUUAAAGAUACAAAUAAAAGUUUUUUAUUAAAAUAAAAAAGCGUGGUGAGAUAUAAAAGCCAUAAAUGACUGAUAUGAUUGGUGGGAUUGUUGUGUAGUAUUUUCAGGUAAACGUGGCUUUGCACAAACAACCAGCAAUAAUUUUUACUGUCAGUGUUUUUACUUCAUUGGUGGGUUUGGUAAGUUUUCCUGCUGUAUGAUUGAACACAGUAUCUUUGAACUAAUUGCAGUUUUAGGGACUUUGGGUUACGGUUUUGUUACAAUUCUGUGAACUGGUGUUCAUUUUAUAUUUAAGUGCUGCAAUAAAGAUUUGGGACAAACUAAAUAUUUAA